CUUUCGGCCCUCCCUCGGCGGAAGUGAAGGUCAGGUGAAACAUUAAAAUGACUGACGCAAGAGUUUCUCCAGGACUUGCAAGAACAGUAGUACAGCAAUGUGUGCGUGCUAGACUUCAGGUCAAACCAGUGGAGGGAGAGUCAAUACCAGAAUGGGUCGAGAUUGAAAGGGGAAUGGUGAUCUACAUAUGUUUUUUCAAAGGAGCCACAGAAGAUAUAAUCCCAAAAAUGGUAAGCACCCUGCUGCAGGUAAAGCUGUGUGAGGCUGACUCUGGGAAGCUUGUGUCUGUGCUGGAUCUGCCUGGGAGCAUCCUCAUCAUCCCCCAGGCCACUCUUGGUGGGAAGACCAAAGGUCGGGGCAUGCAGUAUCACGGUAACAUUGGGAAGGAGGAGGGGCUUCAGCUCUAUGCCAGCUUUGUGUCCCAGUGCGAGAAGGAACUGGCCUCAACUAGCAAGUGCACUGAAGCUGGGGUUGUCGUCAAACAUGGGACUUAUGGAAACAGACAAGUGCUAAAAUUACAUACAAAUGGACCCUACACACAUUUAAUAGAGUUUUAACCCAUGUCACAUCUUGCAAUUUUCUAUUUCAUAAAAUGCACAGAAUUACACCACAUUUAUCCCCAGUCCUGUAAACACUUUCAGU